ACUUUAAGCUGUCUGAACAACGAAGAAAAUCAUUGUUGACAACUGUGGCUUGUCCGCAAAGUUCUUUAGCUUUACAACAAUGAAAACGUAUAUCUCUUUUUGACUGAGGUGUUUAGUUGUUGCCUGUUUAUGUUAAUUAAAGGGACGUACUAGUUUACUUGUAAGUAAACAGAUUUAACACGAAAACGUUUGAGAGCAUCAUUUGCUAUACGCGAAGCUAGCAGAGAUUAGCUAAACAAAACAUGGGUGACGGCAGUGUUGUUCCAAGGAUCGGCAACAUGAAAGCUUUGCUCGGAUUAGUUGCAGGAGCUGGUGCUUCUUAUGGGUUGUACAAACUUAUUAUUUUCAAGAAAAACAAGAAAAUUGUUACAAAUGAAAACACCGGUUUCAAGAGCAGUCAGCAGAGUGAUGUAAAGCUACAGCCUGGAAGCCUGUUGGCCAAAGUAUCCGGACUGGAUGUGAUCUGUUCCCGGCCAGGAGAUGUUGCAUCAGGUGACAUCAUCCACCAGUCCCCCAACAAUCUGGAGCCACAGCACUUGAAGAUGCUGCUGUCAUGUCUGCAGACCAGUGACAAUCCAUCAGACAGGUGUCGAAUCCUCCUCACAUUAGGAAAUGCUGCUGCCUUUACUGUGAAUCAGAAUCUAAUUCGGGAUUUGGAAGGGAUUCAUAUCGUCGCUGGUUUCCUUUCUGAUCCUGUAGCAGAAGUUAGGGUGCAGACUCUGAACGCUUUAAAUAAUCUGUGCAUGAACAUCCAAAACCAGGAACACAUAAAGGUUUAUGUGCCACAAGUCCUGGAACUGAUUGAAAUGUCGCCUGUGAAUUCGGACCUUCAGCUUGGUGCUCUGCGGCUCCUGACAAACCUUUCAGUCACAGACAAACAUCAACAUUUGCUGAAGGAAUCUGUGAAACUUUUAUUGUCUCUGCUGGUUGUGAGCAAUGAAACCUUACAGGUUCAGACACUGAAAGUCCUUGUGAAUUUGUCAUCUAAUCCUGAUAUGAUGGAUGACAUAGUUCAAGCUCAGGCACCAGCCUCUGUAGUGCUUCUGUUUGACGAACGAACAGCCCCUGCGGUUCUUCUGCGACUGUUAACAUUUGCAGGGAACUUGAAGGCUUGGAGGCCUUCCUCACAGGUGGCUGAUGAACUAAGGCGGAAACAGGAUUGCCUCUUCCGGGUCAUGCUGGAUGAAUCCUCUCAGCUCCACAGCAAACUGGUCCAGCUGCUUUCACACCCUGACAGGGAGAUUCAGGCCCAGGUUGCUCGCAUCUUGACAUAGACUUCCCGUUAUGCUCAUGAUUCACCUGCCGAUUAGCUUCCACCAAAAUUUUCCAAAGUCACCAACCAGUUUGAUCAAUAUUGUUGCCACAACCUAAAUUAUCUGUUCCACUUCACCAGCCACUCCUUGAUUUCUAGUACCUUCAACUGCUUUGAAUAGACAAGCAGUGUGGGACCAGAAAAUGGAAUGAAAUCAUUCAUUCAGUAGAGACAAAAGAGCCCACCAUUUUCUGCAGCUACGAUUUUUCAACACUAGACUAGUUUCCUCUUGAAUGUCCACAGUGCCCUCUUUCUCUUCUGAAACUUUAACCUCAAAUCUCUGAAGAUGUUUUCCAGGUGAAUUUUCUGAAUCUAACCCCACUGCCAAAAGUUUUUUUUUUAAAGAAUGUUUCAGUGUGACCCGUUUAGCAUGAGUCUGUGGUUCAGUCAGUUAGCUGGAGAUUGAAGAGUUUUUUUUCUGCAAACUUUGAUAUGAAUGGAUGUACUACAGCUCCAGUCCUUGCUUGUGUAUUAACAUGUUGGAUUUAAGGGAGUUUUUUUGUCUUUAAAUAAAUCUAAACCUUGCUCAGUAUUUUUUAAUUUGGGAAGCAUCAUGACUUUCAGUGGACCUAAAAAGAUUGUUUGCUACUUGUUCUGUGACUGUGUGAAAAUGAGGGGCUCAGUGACUUUAAAGGGAAAAGUGAGUUGAUUCGUGUGAAGCAACUGAGUAAUACCUGGGUGAACUUUGAGCUACCACAGCUGCCUGAAAGGAUCCAUCCAGGAUGUGCUCAUGACUUUGAAUUCUUCAGCUUGUCAGCAGGCUCCUGCAAAGCCUCCUGUGAGAAGCUGGGGGAAGUUAGAAGGGAAGAGGAUGUAUGGACUGCUAUGAUUGUGACACAAAUACAAUUCAAGCACUGACGCAGCUUGAAAGCAAUGUGGAAUUGAUAGUCGUAUAAUUAGGUUAGCCAUGAUUAUUGUAUUUAAUGUUAAUCUAUGAAAUAAUUAUGUAUUUGCAGCAGUGAUGAAUGUGAAAUACAAGCCUUGUUGCCAUAUUAAGCUAUGCAAUAAUAAGAUGGCUGAUAAGACUGAGCCACAUGUGUCACUGUUGGACUGGAGCUGUGGAUCCGUGUGCAGACUGUGUCAGUAUUUACAGAGGGGAUGGUUGGUGGAUGUGCUUGAUAAAUGCAGGAUUUUCUUUUCAGUUCAGUCCAGGUGUAUAAAAAUGCUGCACUUUUUUAUGGUUGGACACCUGUUUUAUUGAAUCCACACCUAAAUAUUUCUCAGGUGAUGAUAGUUUACCAGAAUAACAUACGGCAGGAUGCUGACUUGUGACCUAGUUUAUCAUAUUUAUUGAAAGAAGUAGCUGAGCAUUUUUCUUGUAAAAUUAAAAAUGUUUGAAUUGUUCAAUAAAUACCCAUUAAGACA